CGCCCCGAGAGACGGCAGAUGCUUACCGAGCGGAACGAUAGACUCCAUCGACUACAUGAUGCUAUCGUUGGAACGGGACGCGCUUUUAAAGGCAAACUUACCCACAACCCUCAGGAUGCGAGCAGCCAAGAUCCUGCAAACCUGUCUGACAUAAGCAAUCUUUCCGAGGCGGGUCGUGCUGCGAUUUACUGGACUUCAGGCAGCGCACAGUUGGGCUACAUGGGCGUAGGUGUUGUCUGGCAAGAAAAGGCUUUGGGCUCUGGACGAUGGCAAGAAGCAGAAUACCCAAUAGGCUAUAACACAGGUACUAUUUCUGAUGCUCAAGCAUUCGGUGUCGCUGUUGCCUUGGGCCUUGCCGUAGAUAAGGUCAAAGAAGGAAAGAGCCUGAAAGUUGUGAGGAUUUUCACGCAUUCUCCAGGCAUGAUAAGCAGUCUGCACAAACAGAAGUAUACUUCGCUCGGUCCAAUGCUCGGGGACAGAUUCGCGCUCCUCGAUCUUUACGAGCGCUCGGACUGGCUGGUUAAGCAUGGUGUUGAGGUCGAAUUGGUGUGGCUCAAGAACAAGGGUCACGUCAAGAGCAAGGCUGUCAGAUUGGCGGAUGAGGCUGCCGAUCGAGCCGCGCAUGCAAACACCGAGCUAUCCGGUGUGAUAAAAACAGCAAUCCACGGCGCCAAUGUUACAGAGUUACUCAAGACCAUCGACGACGUACCCCAAAUCUAUAGAGCGAGUGGUCAAGAUUGGAUCGAUGAAUGGCUAUGGCGGCAGAACAAGAGCCUGUACGAC